UCCGAAACCAGAGAAGAACACCAUGACUUCUUCCUUCACUCAUCUCCUCACAAGCAACAUGAACAACUUUGACCAGGACCGAACCGGAAGCUGGAGCUGGGGACUCUCCGACCGUUCAACGGAACCCGAAGUUCCUAAGUUCAAGUCACUCCAGCCGCCUUCUCUCCCUCUCUCUCCUCCUCCUCCUUCCCCUUCUUCUUACUUGGUUAACACUCCCGGUUUCAGCCCUACUGAUUUUUUCAGCUCCCCCAUGUUCCUGGCUAACUCUAACACUAUUCCAUCUCCGACCACCGGAGCCUUUUCGAGUCAGAUUUUUGACUGGAUGAGCAAUUCGAAAGAAAGCCAAGGAGCAGAGAAGGAGCAGAAAAUGUUGACGGAUUUCUCGUUCCAACCUGCAGCAUCAUCUCCAUCGUUCAGCCUUCAACAACAAUCUUCUUCAGGCAUGGUUUCAUCAAUGGAUGAAUCAUUGAAAAGUCAACAGCAGCAAUCGUGGGGUUUCGACAAAACCUCAAGGCAAGAAGAACCUGUAGCAGAGAAAUCUGAAUAUGCGCCGGUUCAGAGCUUCAAUGCUGCUCCAAAACCUGAAUACACACACUGCAGCACUCAUUCGACUCAAUAUGUAAGGGAACAGAAAUCAGAUGAUGGAUACAAUUGGAGAAAAUAUGGACAGAAGCAAGUGAAAGGUAGCGAAAAUCCAAGGAGCUAUUACAAGUGUACAUUUCCCAAUUGCCCUACAAAGAAGAAGGUGGAGAGAUCAUUGGAAGGACAGAUUACUCAGAUUGUGUACAAGGGUAGUCACAACCAUGCCAAGCCACAAUCGACAAGACGAUCGUCCUCUCAACAAUCCCUGCAAACAACGUAUGGGAUUUCUAAUGAGUCCUCGACAAUAUACAAUCCAAAAACUGAACCUGUCACGCUGCAAGAGGAUUCCAACUCAGCCUCAGUGGGAGGAGAGGAUGAAUUUGAGCAAAAUUCUCCAAUAAGUAACUCAAAUGGAGCUGAUGAUGACAAUGAGCCCGAGGCCAAAAGAUGGAAGGGAGAAAACUCAAAUGAGACGUAUGCAGCUCCCGGGAGUAGAAUUGUGAAAGAACCUAGAAUUGUGGUGCAGACCACAAGUGAAAUUGAUAUUCUGGAUGACGGGUAUAGGUGGAGGAAAUAUGGACAGAAAGUGGUGAAGGGAAAUCCAAAUCCAAGGAGCUACUACAAAUGUACUUUUACUGGCUGUCCGGUUAGGAAACAUGUGGAGCGCGCAUCUCAGGAUAUGAGGGCUGUGAUCACAACUUACGAAGGGAAACACAACCACGAUGUUCCUGCGGCGCGCGGCAGCGGUGGUUAUGGCGCCAGUACUAGACCUGUUUCUGAUACUAACAGCAACAGCAAUGUAUCAGUUACAGCUGUGAGGCCUUUGGCCUUGCCUACUCAUUCUAACAACUUGAGCUACCUAAGCUCCCUUCAGAAGCAGCCAACAUCAGAGAACCAAUCACCUUAUACUCUCAAAAUGUUGCAGAACACAGGAAGUUAUGGAUACUCUGAACUGUGAAAGCUGAGGAAGAGGAAAAUGACACAUUCAUUUGGAAUCGAAUAUCUGAAACAGAACUUACAGAUGAAUUAGGCUUAGAUUUGUAUAGUUCCACAAGUUUCUAUAAGGGUUAGUUAUAUACAGGGUCAAUUGCAUUUCUUUAUUUGUUUUGAGGCCAAACCUGCAACAGUUGGCCUCAUUCUUUUUGUGCAUGUAAAAUUUGCUCAAGCAGAAUCGAAAAAUAACACGUAGCAUUAUACAUAUACCUUAGACCCUUAGUUGUUGUGUGUUAUCAUCUUAUGUAAGGAGAUAAACAUUGUUAUUAUUCUUAUGGUUGAAGCAAA